GACUUGAAACGAAGGUAUCGAUACAUGACAUGCACCAGCGUGAGCCACGAUGCAGGCUCGAGGCUAGAAAGCCGCACAUGCUUCUAGUCUCUGCGCGAGUGUCUACGUACAUGCACGCGCAUGCAGGCCGGGGGUGGUCGCGAUAGCAUGGCGUGGUUUCUGUGGAGAGGGGACGUGUUGGGGACGUGUUGGCUGGACGCUACCUGGGCAGCGUGCGUGUGUGGAGGCUGAGACACGACAAAUGAGGGUGGCAUGCGCGCUGGGGCGGGCGGUUUUGUUGGGACAUGGGCGAGCAGCGCAGGAGUCAUAGAGCAGCCUAGCACAGCGAAACAUGGACACAAUGAGCACGGGAAACAUGGACACAAUGAGCACCAUGUCUGCAUGCAGCCUAGAGCGCGUUGGCGGGCGUGUCGUGGUGGUCGGGGCUGGUCAGGGCGACCGUCUCACCCGCAGCCUGCCGUGUACACUUAACCGCCGCCCGCCCUCGCACCCUCGCCAUGUCCUCGACCGACUCUCCCGCACACUCGACCCAUCCCGUCAACACGACGACGACGGCCGGCACGCCCCUCAAAGCCGACGCCACGUCUGCGCACCCGCCCGCCUCGAGCCGCGACCCCACGCUGACGUCCAAUGCCGCCCAAGGAGGACUCGCCGCCGCCCAUGCCUCCCCCGCCGCCGAACUCGCCAGUCUUAAGAUGAAGCUCAAGGCGGCGCUGCGCCAGUUCCCCGACUUCCCCGCCCCGGGCAUCCUGUUCGAGGACAUCCUGCCCAUCUUCGCCGACGUGCAGCUGCACGAGGACCUGCUGCGUGCCCUGGAGCUGCACGUGCUGAGCGCCUCGACGGGGAAGCCUGACGUGGUCGUGGGGCUGGACGCCCGGGGGUUCCUGUUCGGCCCGUCUCUCGCCCUGCGACUGGGCGCCGGCUUCGUGCCGGUGCGCAAACAGGGCAAGCUGCCGGGGCCGUGUGAGACGGCCGAGUACGUCAAGGAGUACGGCAACGACUUCUUCCAGAUGCAGGCCGACGGCGUGAAGAAGGGGCAGAAGGUCCUGGUCGUCGACGACAUCAUUGCUACUGGCGGAUCUGCAUCGGCAGCCGGUACGCUCGUCGAGAAGCUUGGGGGCAUUGUCGUGGGCUACGUCUUCAUCCUCGAGCUCGACUUCCUCAAGGGUCGCUCCAAGCUCAACGCCCCCGUGCACACGCUCCUUGCCAGCCAGGAGCAGAAGCUCGGGUCGUCGGAGUCAUGA